AGGCUUAAUUAAUUCAGGGUGGAUGGGAGGGAUGUUGCCGCUGUCCCUGCCGAGGCUCCAGUGCCUCUGCCGUCGUGCUGCAUGUAGCCGAGUGAUUGUUUGAGCGGAGAGGACGACUCGGCUGCUGCUGCUGCUGACUGGGAACCAGACGCCAGUCCAGACCAGCACGACUCCACAUCCUGGAGCACGCUGACUGACUGGCUGACUGACUGACUGACUGGCUGGCUGUUUGACGGGCUGGGUCUCCACUGAGCGACUAAACAGGGAUGUUACUUGGACUGUAGUGGGAGCAGCAAUGGCCAGAGCCCAGGAGUGAAGAGAGAGAGAGAGCAUCUGGUAAAGCAGAGGGGAAGCAGAUUACGGGAUGACAAUGGAAACCUGUCCAUUAGAUAUGAGCUGCUGCAGUGCUGAACAAACACGUCUGCUCGGGGUAACUUUUCCAAAAUAUGGGCGCAUUUCUCGACUUCCCCCGUAGUGUCAGUGAAGAUAUUUUUUGCUGCAGAUCUGCUGAGAAACCUUGUGCCAUCUGCGAAUUAUGAGGAGUAAUUAGUUACUUCGCCUUCGUGGACACACACCUGACUUGGCAUUAUCCUCACUGCCGCGCUGGGAGCUGACUCACAUUUAGCUGCUCCCAAAUCUACUUGCAGACUAAAAUACAUUUAUUUUUGUAUCCUGUUUUUGUUUUUGUAUUUUGGCAUUCAAAGUGACGAAUUCAAUAUUUGGAGCACCUCAGCAAUAUUCAGGACGUGAAAGCAUCGACCUUUAGGCUUCACUUCAACGAAACUCUUCGGCUAAACCUCCACCUCUACUCAUGUGGCCUCAGUUAUUUCAACUUUCCACCUCCCGUGUGCUCACAAGGUGCUCGUCGUAAAGAGGCAGAGAUGACAUCCCAAACGUCUUCGCCUCAAGUCUUACUGCACGACUUGAUCCGAGGAUAACUAUCAAUUCCCCAAACAACACCCGUGGACUGACGCACUCCCAGAACACAGAGCCCCACCCCUGGCUUCAGGCAGUAUGGGAGACGGGAGCUGGGUAUGUCUGAGCCCAGCUGAGUUUGCCCAGCUGCAACAGUACAGCGAGUACUCCACAAAGAAGCUGAAGGAUGUGCUGGAGGAGUUUCAUGGCGAAGGAGUCCUUUCCAAAUACAACCCAGAGCAGCCCAUUGAUUAUGAGGGCUUCCAGCUCUUCAUGGCCACUUACCUGGAGAAUGACAUCCCCGAAGAGCUGUGUCAGCACCUCUUCACCUCCUUCAAGAGCAAGACGGGAGGAUGCUCUCCCGAUCAGUCUCGAGCAGGAACGAGCUUACUGGGGAUGAAUGGGAAAAGCAUCCUGUCUGCGAUGGGCCGCCACACACCGGAGCACUGCAGCGUGAUGAGCACCGCAGGCUCUGGAGCCACCACCUCCCCUUGUUCAUCUCGCUCUUCCUCACAGCGUUCAGGGACAGGGGGCCACACACCUGGGGGGCCCCACCGAUCACCCUGCACCCAGGUCAAAACUUCAGAUGGCGGCAGCAGCAACGCCCUGACCCCCAACGCUGGGCCCGCCAGGUCGCCAGUGUCCCCCAGACUUUCACCAGAGAGGAGCCACUCUGAGAAGCAUUUGUCACUGCGGAGGAGCCCGUCGCCCCAGAAAGGCUCCCCCCAGCCGUCGCCCCAGGUGGUCUUUCUCAAGGACAUCGUCUGCUACCUCUCGCUGCUCGAGAGGGGGACGCCGGAGGACAAGCUGGAGUUCAUGUUCCGGCUGUACGACACAGACGGCAAUGGAGUUCUGGACAGCUCGGAGUUGGAUCGUAUCAUCAAUCAGAUGGUGCAUGUGGCAGAGUACCUGGAGUGGGAUUCGACAGAACUGCGGCCGAUACUAAAGGAGAUGAUGGAAGAGAUCGACUAUGACCGAGAUGGGACAGUCACACUGGAGGAGUGGAUCCGAGGAGGCCUCACCACUAUCCCUUUACUGGUCCUGCUGGGCAUGGAUACGAAUGUGCAGGAGGACGGGCAGCAUGUUUGGCGUCUGAAGCACUUCAACAAACCAGCCUACUGUAACUACUGCCAGACCAUGCUGCUCGGAGUUCGCAAGCAGGGCCUCUGCUGCUCCUUAUGCAAGUACACAGUGCACGAGCGCUGUGUGUCCAAAGACAUCGCUGCCUGCAUCAGCACCUACGCCAAGUCACGUAGACACACCAACGCUAUGCAGCAUGUAUGGAUGGAGGGUAACUCUCCUACCAAGUGCGACCGCUGUCACCGAAGCAUCAAGUGCUACCAAGGCCUGACGGGCCUGCACUGUGUGUGGUGUCAGAUCACUCUCCAUAAUAAGUGUGCAUCUAAUGUGAAGCCCGAGUGCGAUGGAGGAGCCUUGAGGGACCACACUCUGUUGCCCUCGUACAUCUGCCCCGUUGUCUUGGACCGUCAUUCUGUGGUGAAGCGUGGUGAGGGGGAGUCGCCUCCCAGCACCAGCCCUGACGACACCAAUCAGACUUUCAAAUUCUCCCCUGGGGACGGACAGGCACUUCAGAUCACCCCUCUCCCAGGUACUCAUCCGCUCCUGGUCCUGGUCAAUCCCAAGAGUGGAGGGAGGCAGGGGGAGCGGGUACUGAGGAAGUUCCGGUACCUUCUAAACCCCCGGCAGGUGUACAGUUUGGAGCGAGAGGGACCGAUGGUGGGGCUCAACUUUUUCCACGAUGUCCCUGAGUUCCGGGUGCUUGCCUGUGGGGGUGAUGGCACUGUGGGCUGGAUCCUCGACUGUAUAGAUAAAGCCAACUUUGCCAGGCACCCCCCAGUGGCCAUCCUCCCUCUGGGCACAGGGAACGACCUGGCACGGUGCUUACGCUGGGGAGGAGGUUACGAGGGUGGCAGCUUGUUGAAGUUCCUCCGGGACAUCGAGCACAGCACUGAGGUGGUGCUCGACCGCUGGAACAUAGAUAUCGUCCCCGAUGACAAGGAGGAGAAGGGGGACCCUGUCCCCUACAGCAUCGUCAACAACUACUUCUCUAUUGGAGUGGACGCCUCCAUUGCCCAUCGCUUUCAUCUGAUGCGGGAAAAGCACCCUGAGAAGUUCAACAGCAGAAUGAAGAACAAGCUCUGGUACUUUGAGUUUGGCACCACUGAGACCAUUUCUGCCACCUGCAAGAAACUUAAUGAAUGCAUAGAGGUCGAGUGCGACGGGAUCAUCUUGGACCUCAGCAACACGUCCUUAGAGGGCAUCGCUGUGCUCAACAUUCCCAGCAUGCACGGCGGCUCCAACCUGUGGGGCGAGACGAAGAAGAGGAGGAACUACAACCGCAUGAGCAAGAAGGUUCCUGAGAGGAUGCCGGCCAGCACCGUCACAGACGCCAAAGAGCUCAAGUUUUGCGUACAAGACUUCAGUGACCAGCUGUUGGAGGUGGUUGGUCUGGAAGGGGCGAUAGAGAUGGGACAGAUCUACACUGGACUGAAGAGUGCAGGACGCAGACUGGCUCAGUGUGCCAGCGUCACCAUCAGGACGUCCCGACGGCUGCCCAUGCAGAUUGAUGGCGAGCCCUGGAUGCAGCCCCCCUGCACAGUCAGGAUCACACACAAGAACCAGGUCCCCAUGUUACUGGGCCCUCCGCAGAAGACACCGUUCUUUUUCUUCAAGAAACGCAACCGGAGCCGCGACUAGGACCCACGCAUGCACACAGAAACACAAAAACACACACAUAUACAGUACAUAUAGGCACACACACACACACACGUCUCCCACUGUAUAGGCAGCUCCAUCAGAUGACUGGAACACUGCUCUGAGGUUUGGAGUUCGAAAGCAGGAACUGCAUUUACAGGAUCACAUCCGACAAGUGGAACAUUCCUGUCGUCAGGAUGCCGACAGACAGUCGACUCCCAGGGGAACCUGCAGUGACGGCACCCAAAAUGACAACUCUCUCAGUAUACAGUACCGACCUAUUCCUGUGUAACCACCAUCCUCACCAGUCAUGUCUUCAAACCUCCAGGUCCCAGCCAUGGAUUUAGUCUCAGCCACUCACAACAGCCCCCUCCCC